CUCAUCCGUUUAUUCAGCGUAGAUAUCAGCCGUAGUAAGGUUUAAUCCUAAUCCACUUGUAUCUUGUUUUGUGUAAGUGGUCACAGUGCCUCGUCUGAGAAGCUCUGCUAUGCCCAGAGUGAGAGUGUGUGACGGCUCAAACUAUAACCUGGGAAUGAAACAGCCUGAGAUAACACAUAACUUUUAUUUUUUAUUUUUGGCUGGAAAUUGUAACAGCGGCUAUUAAGGUUGAAGGAAAAAUCUUUUUUUUUUUUUUUUUUAAAUACCAAAGAAGUGAAGGGACUAAUGAAAGAGAGGUAACACAGCCAGGAAAAACAGCAAAGAGUCAUGGGAUGUGGCAUGAGAAAAUCAGAACCGAAGCUGAAGAAAUGUGACAGAGUGAGCAUCUCAGUUCCAGCUGCAACAGCCAUUCGAGCUGCUCUGCUGAUCCAGCGCUGGUACCGUCAGUAUGUGGCCAGGCUGGAGAUGAGGCGCAGGUGCACCUGGAACAUCUUCCAGUCCAUCGAAUACGCAGGACAACAAGACCAGAUCAAGCUCUACAGUUUCUUUGGCCACUUGAUGGACCACUUCACUCCUGCAUGCAGUGAAAGAAAUCUAAUAUCUCACAUCUUCCGUGAGAAUGAAAUAUGCCGUGACAUUGAAUGGGAGAGAUACUUCUGCUACAAAAGUGUGGAGGUAGCGGACAGCUACAGCGGUCCUCAUCUGACCUUCCCCAUGACCUUCUGCGGGGUGUCCAAGCUGGUGGAGGCUUUCAAGCACAAGCAACAGCUCCAUGCUCGAUAUGUUCUGCAGCUUCUUGGAGAAACUUGGAGACUUCUACGAAUUCUUCCCAACAUUAACCAUGUCUCCACCUGUCAUACCAAAGAGAUUACCAUAUGCGGAGAUUUACACGGGCACCUGGAGGAUCUGCUGUUGAUAUUCUAUAAGAAUGGACUGCCAUCGUUGGAGAAACCGUAUGUCUUUAACGGAGACUACGUGGAUCGUGGGAAAAACUCCCUAGAGAUCCUCCUCAUCCUGUUUGGCUUCCUGCUCUUAUACCCCAACGACAUCCUCCUGAACAGAGGAAACCAUGAAGAUCACAUUGUUAACUUGAGAUAUGGUUUCACUAAAGAAGUUCUGGGAAAAUACAGGGUGCAUGGUAAGAAGAUCCUCAAGCUUUUGCAGAAGAUUUUCAGCUGGCUGCCUCUGGCCACCGUGAUCGAUCAGAAGGUGCUGGUUGUGCACGGAGGGAUUUCUGACACCACAGAUCUGGACGUCAUCUCCAGAGUGGACAGACACAGAUAUGUGUCAGCCCUCAGGCCUCCAAAGCGAAGUCUGACAGUCAACGGUGACAAAAACCAGACAAUAAAUGAGGAGGUUUUUGGACAAAUGGAGGGCCGGCGCCGAGUGUGUUCACUGACCUACCAGAGUCCAGUUCAGAAGUUCAACAUCCCACAGCGGCGCUCGCUGCACAACCUGCCCAUCAGCAGUCAGCUGAACUGGACAGUAGAAGAAGAGCUGAAGAGGAGGCGCAGACAGGCCGGGUUCAACCAGUCCUACGGGGAACCCAAGAAGUCCGACUCCGAUUCAGACCCCGAGUCUGGAGAACCCACAGAGACAGAUGAGAACGAGUGGAAACAAAUCGUGGAUGUGUUGUGGAGCGACCCCAUGCCCCAGAACGGAUGUAUGCCCAACGAGGUCCGAGGAGGGGGCUGCUACUGGGGACCUGACGUUACCCAGGAGGUGCUGGAAAAACACAACCUGCAGCUCCUCAUCCGAUCCCACGAGUGCAAACAGGAGGGCUACGAGUUCUGCCACGACCGCAGGGUUCUUACGAUAUUUUCUGCGUCUAACUACUAUGACCUGGGCAGUAACAGAGGAGCCUACAUCCGAAUGGGUCCUGAUCUGGUCCCUCAUUUUGUCCAGUACCAGGCCAGUCGGACCGGUAUAGAGCUUUCACUGAGACAAAGUGUUGGACAUACGGAGAGAUCAGCCCUGAGAUCUCUGAGGCAACAGCUGUUCGCGCACAAGUCCGAUCUCAUCAGUGCCUUUCAGGAGUACGAUUCUGAAAACACAGGGCUGAUCUCUCAGAGUCAGUGGGCCAGCGCCACAGAGAAAGUCCUGAACCUGGGUCUGCCCUGGAGGGUUCUACGGCCUCAGCUGGUCAGCAGUAUGAAGGACGGCAUGGUGGACUACCACAAGUGGAUCCAGGAGCUGUCCAUCACCGAACCCAAACUAGAGAUUUCAGAUACCAGUAUCCUGGAGACUAUGUACAAAAACCACUCGAACCUGGAGACAAUCUUCCGAAUCAUUGACACAGAUCAUUCAGGUCUCAUCUCUUUGGAGGAGUUCCGUCAGACCUGGAAACUCCUCAGCUCUCACCUUAAGAUGGACAUCAGUGAUAAGGCCAUCACAGAUCUGGCCCACAGCAUCGAUUUCAACAAAGACGGGAGCAUCGACAUCAACGAGUUCAUGGAGGCGUUCCGAUUGGUCGACCUCUCAGCACACACAGAGUAGUACCACGAAUCUGCUAAAGACAAACGUAGAAAACAGGCAGUACUGUUGACGGUAGAGCGACACAUGGCCUGGCUCCGUUUACUCUGUGUACUUUUAUUCACACGAAUGCAAAAUAGUUCUUUUCUACCUCUUAGAUGUUGGGAUCUUAGCAGUUUUUGUUUUUUAUGUUCUGUAUUUUUAAGUAUUUUAAAGAAUUCAGAUGAUCAUUUAUUGAACAAUUAAUAAAAACAAACGUAACAGA